GAGGAAAUUGAGGAGAAAUCGGGGAUAUGGGGGGGGGGGAGCGGCGGACACGCGGCCUAGGGCAGCCUCCUGCUCGUCUCUGCCUUCACACAGCGCCGUGACGCGGGGGUGAUGUCACUGACUGAGUGAUGUCACCGCAGGUGUGAACGCGAGGAAGGUGAACCCAGACCGGGGGCCGCUCUGGGCGAGCUCUGGGCCGAAUCAACCGCCUGGGGCCCGCGGAGGAGCCGCUUGGCGCCGCAUGACGUCACUGCGCCGCUCCGUGACGUCACGGCGCCCCCCGCAGCCACCUGCGCGCCCCCCGCCACACCCAACAUGGCGCCUCCCACGCCGCGCACUGCGCAGUCGCCACACCCAAGAUGGCGAACGCACCACCUCCCUCCCCCUGCGCGGCACUUCCGGUGCGCCGCGCUCCCUUCCGGCGGGCUCCCUUCCGGCCAUGGCGCCGAGCGUGGCGGAGCGGCUCCUGCAGCGGCUGGAGGAGGCGGCGCCUCCCGGCGGGCUCUGCAGCCUCGAGGCCGCCGCCCAGCUCGGUGUCGACCACCAGACGCUCGUGGGCGCCGUGAAGAGCCUGCAGGCGCUGGGCGAGGUGAUCGAGGCGGAGGCGAGGACGGCCACGCGGUGGGAGCUGAGCCCCGAGGGCGAGGAGGUGCUGCGGGACGGCAGCCCCGAGGUGCGGCUGUUCCGGAGCCUGCCCGAGGAGGGGCUGCCGCAGGCCGAGGCCAUGAAGCUGCCCGGGGGCUCCUUGGGCUUCAGCAAGGCCAUGGCCAACAAGUGGGUGCGCCUGGAUAAGGGAGCGGCCGGCGGGCCACGCGUGUUCCGCGCCGUGCCCACGGUGCAGGACGCCGUGCAGCAGCAGCUGUGCCGCGCGGGCGCCGGGGCGGCGCUGCCCGAGCGCGAGCGCGCCGAGCUCAAGAGGAGGAAGCUGCUGCUGGAAGUGACCCUCAAAUCCUUCUGGAUCCGCAAGGGCAGCGCCUUCAGCACGGCCGUGGCGCGGCCGCACACCGAGCUCACCCCGGAGAUGAUCGCCACGGGCUCCUGGCGCCAGCUGCCCUUCAAACCCUACAACUUCUCCUCGCUGGGGCUGCCCCCGGCCUGCGGCCACCUGCACCCGCUGCUCAAGGUGCGCUCGGAGCUGCGCCAGAUCUUCCUGGAGAUGGGGUUCACGGAGAUGCCCACGGAUAACUUCGUGGAGAGCUCCUUCUGGAACUUCGACGCGCUCUUCCAGCCGCAGCAGCACCCGGCCCGCGACCAGCACGACACCUUCUUCCUGCUGGGUGGGUGCUGGGGGGGCGCGGGGAGCUGCUGAGCCCACCCCCACCCCCCGGGACCCCUCUGAGCC